AAAUAAAUAUGAAGUAAAAUCUCCAAUUUCUAAAAAUGUAUCAAUUGAUAAUAAAUCAUUGACGGAACGUAACAUUGACAAAAUACAAGUAAAUACAGGACAAUACGGCAAUCGUAACUUAAUAGCUGACAUAAAUUCCAAUAACACAAAUAAUAGAAUAAGUCAAAAUGAAGAAAAUAAUUUUGGUUUUUUUAUAUCUCUCGAUAUAUUUACGGAAAUUAAUACAUUAAUAAACCAAGAUUAUGAAUCAAAUCAAUUGUCUACAAAGAGCACUGUAAAUCAUUAUAAUAAAAUGUAUUGCAAAGAUUUUCUCGACUUCGAAGAAAUUAUGUUUGUCUGCAACCAUAGAAAACUGGAGAAAAUUAAAUCGAAUUUGCAGUUUUUCUUUCCAUCGUCUAACAAAAUACUUUGUCUUAUAUGUGAAAAUCUACAAUUACGCAAUGUACAGGCAAUAUACGAACAUAUAAAUUCUGAAAAACACAUUAUAAAAUUUAACAUGUUACAUGAGAAUGAAGAACAUUUGGAAUUGUUAAAGCAGCUAGUGAAAAUACGACCUGCAUAUACCAAAUGUUUUGCUUGUGAUAUACAUACAUUUAAGAAUAGAAAAAUUAAUUACAUAGAUUUUAAGAAUCAUAUAUGUACGUCUUCGCACAAGAACAAUUGUAAUCAGUUACGUAAUCAGAUUGAGUUAUUAUUGAAAGAAUUUCAAAAUUUAUGGUAUGAUAUCCAAUACUUUGCUUGCGUUGAUUGCAACAAAAAAUUCAAAAUAAAGAUAAAAUUCAUAGAACAUCUUAAUAAUAACCAUAGGGAAGUCAUAAGAGACAAAACUAAUUCGAAGUUUGAUUUUUGCUUAACGUGUGCGACUUUAUGGUUCAAAACAAGUGAUACCGAAGACAUCCAUAUAAAUUAUGAACAACACUGUCAGUUACAAAUGCAUCAGUAUCUAAAGAAAAGUAAUGACUUCGCAAUUACGCCGCUGCCGCAGACUCUGCAAAAAUUGUUGAGAAAUGUUAACAAAAUUUCUGCUAAUCUAUUUCAAUUGUCGAAAAAGGUAUUAAAUGAUCCAAAAGUGACUCGACUUACGGAUGCUUUAAAACACAUCUUUGAAACAUGUCAGCUCUCUGUAGAAGUGUUCAUAUAUGGUUCAAGAGUCACUGGUUUAGCAUUAACAAACAGCGACAUCGACAUAUAUCUUAACUUCGGUGACGAAUGUACCGAGCCUCAAUCGAUUAAAAGAAGGAGUAAGCAGAUUCAAGAUUGUUUACAUACCGACCAUGAGAAUUGGGCUAUAGAAUUAACUUUGGAUAGGAGCAGGACUCCUAUAAUAAAAGUAAAGCACAGAUCAACAGGAUUGCAGUGCGAUAUUUCGUUUACGAAAGGUCUGUCAGUGGAAAAUUCCAAGCUUAUUAGAUCUUUCAAUACCGCAUAUCCAUCAUGUCAAAAAUUGACACUAUUUUUGAAAAAGUGGCUCUCGCUGGCGAAUUUGAGUGGUCCUGACGGAAUGACAAAUUAUGCUCUUGUCUGGCUAGUCAUCUUUUACUUGCAAGUCAAAUUUAAAAUUCCAAGUAUUGCUGACUUAAUCAAAAGCCAUAAUCAGUCGAAAAUCAUCUCUGGUUGGGAAACUGGAGUUAGUGAUGCUAUUCUUAUCAAUGUACCACAACAAUCAAUACAUGAACUGUUGUUGGGAUUUUUCGAAUAUUACGGAGGUUUCGAUUACAUGCAUCUCGUCGUAUGUCCAUUAUUAGGCGAGACGUAUCAAAAGAAAGCGUUUGCUGAAGUAUCGAUUUUACCUAAUUCUAUGGCACUUUACAUUGCGCAAUUGCAAGGCGACAAACCAGAAUAUUUUCGUAUUGAUUCACCUAUGUGUGUGCAAGAUCCAUAUGAUCUCUCACAUAAUUUAACAAAGGCUGUGUCGAUUUUAACGCUUAAACGUUUUAAACACUAUUGCAAUGAAAGUUUAUCAGUAUUACGUAGCGUUAUUGCUAAAUCAUAAAAGAUAUUUUAUUAGAUAAAAUUAUCUUUUUUAAGACACAUU